AUGUUGAUGUUUGUUUUAUUAUUUUUUCUACAAAUUUCAUUAAUUGCCUCAAACUCAAUACGUCAAAAUCGAUGUGAAUUAAAAUUGGUGGCUGAUUAUAUUUUUUACAGAGAUAUUGGCAAUAGAAAUUAUGCAAAUGCUGCUAGAUAUCUGAUAAAUUUAAUUGAAAGAGUUAAUGGAAUAUUUUCGCCUAUUGAAUGGGGACUGGACAUUAAUGGUGAUCGACUUUCAAAUUUGGGUUUUGUUAUUAAAGAAAUGAAAAUAUUUGAGAAGCCUGAAGAUUCUUCUUCCAUUAUUCAUUUUAAUUCUCCAAUUCAAUCUGAUGUUAAUGCUGUUGAUAUUUUAGAUUCUUUUUCGGCUGAGGAGGGUACAAAUUCGACAUGUUUAACCAUACUUAUUACUGCAAAAUCGUUACAAUCUGGUGUUAUUGGAGAUCCUGACAGGAGGGGUGUUUGUGCAGUCAAAAAACUUAAUAACAGCCACUAUAUGAAUACAGCUCUCAUUACUGUUCGACGAAGAUCAGAUUUAAUGAUUACACGGGUUGUUGAUCUUGUGCUUGCACAUGAACUUGGUCAUUCUUGGGGUAGUAUUCAUGAUGAUGAAAUGCAAGAUGAAUGUGUUCCAAAAAAUUCAAGAGAUGGACGUUUUGUUAUGUGGGAAAGUGCAAAUACUGGAUAUGAUAAAAAUAAUUAUCAAUUUUCUUCAUGUUCAAUACGUUCAAUUCAUCGAGUACUUUAUUCUCUUGCUCAUCGUUGUUUUGUUGAAGAAAAGAAAGCUUUUUGUGGUAAUGGAAUAUUAGAGGAAGGUGAACAAUGUGAUGGGGGUGCUCAUUUUCAACAUUUUGGUGCUAGAGAUGAUUGUUGUACUAAAGAAUGUAAAUUAAGAUUAGGAGCCUUUUGUUCCCCAAGACAUUCUGAAUGUUGUUCACUAAAUUGUACUUUUCUUAGCAAAGAUGUUGUUUGCCAUGCAGAAAAAAGUGAUAUGUGCAAGGCCGAAGCUAAUUGCAGUGGAUUUAGUGAAAAGUGUCCGAAUCCAAAACCAUUAGAGGAUGGCACAAAUUGCACAGAUGGGGGAAAAUGUUUAAAUGGCGAUUGUAUUCCUUUUUGUCAUUCAAUUUCUUCUGAUUUGAUGCCUUGUCUUUGCGAGGAUGCUAAAAUUGCUUGCCAACGUUGUUGCCGUUCAAUUACUACAGGUAUUUGUAGCCCAGUGGAGCCAGAACAUUGGUUACAAGACAAUUCUAUGUGUAUUUAUGGGCAUUGUAUUAAUAAAGUGUGUGUAAAAGAGACAACAGACUCAAGCCCAAUUUGGCGUUUUUUUCGAAAUUUUAAUGGACGAGAACAACGAAAAUUUCUUGCCGAUUAUAUAGUUUUUAUUGUUGUUGCUGUUUCUUUAAUGAUUUGGUGUCCUUGUGGAGCUCUUAUUGUUUAUAAAGACAGACAAGAACAAAAUGAAUUAAUUCAAAAACGUUUAGCAGCACAAAAGAAUGUACAAAUUCUUAAUAAUGAAUCAUCUAAUAAUAAUUCUAAACAGUCAUUUAAUAAAACUCCUAAACGAAGUUAUUCAAUAAAUGAAAUGACAACAAAUUCAGCAAUUGAAGAAGAUAAAAUUAAACCUUCACAUUCAUCAAUAGCUCUUUUAAGAUUGAAAAAUGAAGAUGAUAUUAAAGAAAAUAUUUUUAAUUCGAGGGCAAGACAUAGAAAUGAAUGGAAAACAAAAAAUGGUAAUGAAAGAGAGACAAGUCUUUAA